ACAGACAAUCCAGCUUGGAGAACAUCAAGAACCCCCUCAUUGGAACAUCUUCUUGGCCUUUUCAAGAGGCUUCUCCAACACCCAACUUCAAAAGGUACCAAUACUUUUUCUAUUCUUGCGUCUUCAGAAUCUUUUUGCUUCCUAUUGAAUACCAUAAUUAGACGAUUCUGAUCAGUGUAGAUAUAGACACAUCUCAACAUUGGAAUAUCUUUUUUAAGAUCUUCAUGACUACCAAGAUGCACCAAGGUCUAUCAAGGUCAUCCCUACUAUUACAGCCUGAAACCCGAGGCCAUAAAAAUACAUUUCUGCUUGGCUGUUAGGCAGCGUGGACCCUGCAAGCUCAUUGGCUUCCUUGUUUAACCUUCAUCACAAUUCGCUCCCUCAAUUUUACUCCCUCUUUACUUUAGCUAGAUGAGAUAUUACCCAUGGUUGGUGCUAUGAAGUUUCUCUCCAGACUCCCUCGGUUCCAGUCUGCCACUGUUCCUACGCUCCCUUGCAAAUUCAACCAUCAAACCACUCAUGCAUUUACAUCUCUGGCUAACUCAGAAUCUGAGCCUCGAGAUGUGCCAGAAUAUUUUAAUUUUGCAAGCGAUGUCCUUGACAAAUGGAGCCAAAGAGAAAAGGAAGGGAAGAGGCCUCCCAAUCCAGCCUUCUGGUGGGUUAGAGAGAAGGGGGAAGAGGUGAAGUGGACCUUUGAGGAGCUGAGCUACUUGACUAGGAAGACUGCCAAUGUGCUCUCAGAGGCCUGUAACCUGUGCAAGGGCAAUCGACUCCUGAUGAUACUUCCAAGGGUCCCCGAGUGGUGGCUGCUCAGCUUGGCUUGCAUCCGAACAGAAUGGAUGGAUCUGACUUCUUCAGACAUUAUAUGGGGUCUUUCUGAUCCUGGCUGGAUAAAAUUUGCCAUUGGAUCUUUCUACUCUCCUUGGAGCCAAGGAUCGUGUAUAUUUCAACAUGGUUUUCUCCAGUUUGAUCCCAAAGUAGUUCUGGAGUCUCUUGCCAAGUAUCCAGUGACAACCUUUUGUGGCACACCAACCAUAUUUCGGAUGCUGCUCCAACACAACCCUAGCAGGUAUACGUUCAAGAGUCUGCGCACCUGCUUGGGUGGCGGAGAACCAUUUAACCUAGACGUGCUCAAAGAGUGGAAGGCAGAAACUGGGUUCGAUAUCAGGGAAGGCUACGGGCAGACAGAAUCUUCCUUGCUAUGCAGCAGCAGAAAAGGACUGAAAAUUAAACCUGGAUUCAUUGGAAAACCUCUUUCUGGCGUUGAUGUCCGGAUCAUUGAUGAAAAUAACAAUUGUCUUCCACCUGGAGAAGAAGGAGACAUCGCCGUGAAGAUCAAGCCACAAAGGCCUGUGGGACUUUUCAGUGGUUAUGUGGACGAUCCAGAAAAAACCGCGGCUACAGAACGUGGAGACUACUACAUCACUGGAGACAGAGGUCUCAUGGAUGAAGAUGGAUACGUCCAGUUCAUUGCAAGAGCAGACGAUAUCAUCCUGUCUUCUGGAUACCGCAUUGGUCCAUUUGAAGUGGAGUACGCUUUGAUGAAACACCCUGCAGUAGCUGAAGCCGCUGUUGUUAGCAGCCCAGAUCCCAUCAGAGGAGAGGUGGUAAAAGCUUUUAUCAUCCUAACACCUGCCUACCAAUCACAAGACCAAGAGAAAUUAAGUUUGGAGCUGCAAGGACACGUGAAGAAAAUUACAGCUCCAUAUAAGUACCCCAGAAAGAUCGAGUUUGUUCAAGACCUACCUAAAACCAUUUCUGGAAAAAUCAAAAAGAGGUUGCUGAGAAAAAAAGAAUGGGAGACAGCCUAAUGGACUUUGGAGCUAAUUAUGGACUUGGGGAGGUUUUCUUUGUGUUGUUUUACUUUUGUAAUGUGGCCAGAAUCAGCGAUGAGAUCGGCGAUCAGCUGGUGACUUUGGGCGAUCAAUAGGAGACGGUGAGUUCUAGUCCCGCCUUAGGCAUUUAAAAACAGCUGGGUGCCUUUGGGUCAGUCCCUCUCUCUCAGCCCAACCCACUUCACAGGGUUGUUGUUGUUGUUGUGGGGACAAUAGGAGGAGGAAAUUGUGUGGGAUAUGUUC